AUGACACCUUCGACCAAAACCCCAAAAACCUCUCCUUCGAGCCGCCGCAUCCGCGCUGGAAAUCUUGAUCCCGCCACUUUCGCUUCCUUCGGACAAGUGAUCCAGAACCCGGAGACUCAUGCAGGCGAGCCAAAACUGGAGAAAGCGAUAGCGAACCAAGGCACCGCGACGAAAUGGCUGGGCGUCACGCAGAUGCGGAACUGGUAUGAGCGGGCGCGGAGCGGGAGAGUGGGUAGUGCGGUGGUGAAUAUGUUUGUUUGUUCGCCGAGGAGUCUACAAAAUGUUGGGGUGGAUGAGGGGGGCGAGGGAAUGGUGUUCGAUGUGCGGAUUCUGGAGCGGCAUCCUUUUACGCCGCAGACGUUUGUGCCGCUGGGUUUGGGGAGGGAGGAUGUAAAGACAUGUUAUCUGGUGAUCGUUGCGCCGACACUGCCGCGUUCGAGGCCGAGUGGCGAUGGGAAGAGAGAGCCGCCCUAUCCGACUCAGACUCCUACGAAGCCGAAGCGGAGUUUGAAGGAUAUGUUGUUGGGUGCACGACCGAGUCCGUUCACGAAUGAGCAGGUUUCUACCACUACGCCUCCAGAUUCUGGGCCUGAUGAGAUGCACCAGCCCAAAGGCAACGGCCCGCCUGAUCUCGACAAUAUCCAAGCGUUUAUUGCACGGGGUGACCAAGCUGUGACCUACGGGCCAGGGACAUGGCACGCGCCUAUGGUGGUCCUUGGUGAGAAGCCAAUCGAAUUCGUGGUGGUGCAGUACGCGAACGGCGUUGCGGACGAGGACUGUCAAGAGUUUCCUAUCAAGGAGGGUUUGAUCAGUGUGGAUGUCGGCGGUGAGGCGGGAGAGAAGGUGAAGGCUCGCUUGUAA